AUGGGAAAGCCUUUUUUUCAGAUUUAUCCUAGAGAAGAUUUAUUAAAAGCUAAAUAUGAACUCUUGGCUAAGACCAAUAUGGUUGAUUUUACCUCAGGACUUUAUAUGGAAAUCCAUCAAGUAGAAUCAGCUCCUGAGGAAUUUUCUAUAAAAAGAGAAGGUGUUCUUCAAACACUUGUAAAUCUUCAAAUAGAGGCACAAAAGGUAUUGGAUAUAAUAGAAAACCCAGAAGUAAUUGAGGCUCUUCGUCAAGACAUAUCACAAAAUCUAACCUUUCUUAAAGAUAAUUAUGAGCUUACAGAUGAAAUGGUUAAUACUUUGUAUCAGUUUGGUCAAUUUCAAUAUAAUUGUGGCAAUUAUGGUGGUGCUUCCGAUAUGCUGUAUCAUUUUCGAGUGUUGUCAACAAACAAUGAACUCAAUCUCUCUGCAUUAUGGGGAAAGCUUGCUUCCGACAUUUUGGAUUUAAAUUGGGAUUCUGCUUUAGAAGACUUUUUUACAUCACCUCUUCAUCAAUUACAGCAAAGAACUUGGUUUAUUCAUUGGUCAAUAUUUGUAUUUUUUAAUCAUCCUAAAGGUCGUGAUAAUAUCAUAGAUUUAUUCUUUAAUCCGUCUUACAUCAACACUAUUCAGACUUCAUGUCCGUGGAUUCUCCGAUAUUUAACGACAGCUGUAGUUACUAAUAAACGUCGAAAAAAUAAUUUAAAAGAUUUGGUCAAGAUUAUUCAGCAAGAAAGUUAUGAAUAUAAAGAUCCUAUUACUGAGUUCAUUGAGAGCCUUUACGUAAAUUUUGAUUUUGAAGGUGCUCAACAUAAAUUAAAGGAAUGUGAAGAGGUACUUUCAAAUGAUUUUUUUUUGGUGGCAACAAAAAUGGAGUUUAUAGAAAAUGCUCGUUACCUUAUCUCUGAAACAUAUUGUAGAAUACAUUUAAAGAUUGAUUUUGCCGGUUUAACAAAAACACUUAAUUUAAAUCAAGACGAAGGUGAAAAAUGGAUCGUAAAUUUAAUUAGAGAUACACGAGUUGAUGCAAAAAUGGAUUUUAAAGAGGUGAAGAAGAAUUAA